AGGAAAAAGAAAGAAAGGCUAAAACUAAUUCGGAUGUUGGUUCGUUCGUGAUAAGGGAAAUUGUUGGAAACUGAAAAGCAAUAUUCUAUCCAACACAACGUGGCCACUGCAAUUACGAUUUCGAUUUCGAUUUCGAUUCCGAUUCCGAUUCCGAUUUCGAUUUCGCUAGCUGAUCACUUCAAUCCAACUUAAUCGUUCACGCUAGUGAGGGGGUAUUGUUAUCUGGUGAUCCAAUCCAAUCCAAUCCAAUCACGGUGUGUAGUUGUUGGACUUUCAGAAUGAGGAUGGCGACUUCUUCGUUGGCAAUCGUGUCAGCUCUUCUUCUUGUUGUGGCUCAGUUGCCUCUGGGACUCACUUACUCUCCGGCAUUCUUAUGGUCGUCUCAUCUGAAUGGGAAUAAAGAAAUGGUUGAUUAUAGAAUCCUGGCUCCUAGGGAUUUAGCCAAAUCUGCAAUGACUGAAGGUGGAUGGUCGAAAUACCUGUGCUCAAGCGAUGAAGUGCAAGGAUCUAAUAAUUUCGCCUUCCUUUUUAUUGGAUCAGAGUUACAAUCUCUAGAAGUUUCCAGCUCCGCAAAGACUGAUCCAGCACUUAUAGACUUGCUUAAGGACUCAUUUUCCCACUCCAAUUCCUCUGUGGCCUUUCCUUAUGUAGUUGCUGGAGAGGAAAAAGCAUCCAUAGAGAACUCUUUAAUUUCAGAGUUUACUGAAACUUGUCAGCAUAAUUUUGGAGUUGGUAGAAUUGCUUUAGUGGGGUCAUGUUCUGUGGAUGGUGAAAAUUUUGAUAAGAUAAAUGAUGUUGGCUCGGUUAAUGACUACCUGAAUUCAAGGUUUGAAAAGUUUUCUGACGGGCAAACUGAUCUGAUUGUCAUGUGCCCUGGAGAUUCCAUGUUUUCGCCAGAUUCUGAAAGAAACAUUCUUUCUCAACUACUCAAUGCAGUGAGUGAGAUGGGUGCAAAAUAUUCGUUCCUCUACAUUUCUGAUCCAUUUAGAUCUGUUGAGUAUCACUCGCACAUGGGAAUAGAAAGGUUCCUCGCUGAAGGUACCAUUGGAAAUGCAUCAUCUAAUUCCACUGGCUGUGAUGAAGUUUGCCAGAUUAAGUCAUCUCUUUUGGAGGACUUCUAGUGGGGUUUGUGUUGCUUAUUAUUUUGAUAUCGGGCCUUUGCUGCAUGAUGGGAAUCGAUACUCCUACAAGAUUCGAGACGCCCGAAGCAUCUUGAUUCAGUUACCUAAUGAAGGAUUUAUGUUUUCCUGUAGUGGUGAUGAUGGUUAUCUGCCUGCUAUGUAAUUUCUUUAACCUCAUCCAGCUUUUUUAAUUUAGAGUGAACAAGCAACAUUCUGCUUGUGCACGGACAUUAUAAUUAAUUAUAUGAGGGAGUAAGAUGAAUAAUGGAAAUGGCUUCCACUUAGCCAGGAGUUUCUCGAGCAUGGAUUUUUACACUUCCAUUUUUGCUUCAAAUGUGUUGUUAUAUAAUGAUAAUGCCAUUCUAUUGCAUUGUAAAUGUGUCUUUCCUAUUUUUGUCGA